UUGGUGUUGCCUUAGCUGUCCAGGACUCCACUGGAAGUAUGCUGCUCGCCCGCUCACUCUCAGAUUCUUUCUUCUCGCGCAAAUUCUCUCUCUAAAAUUGCACUUUCUUUCUCUACAGCUGCACUCAAUCAACCCCUCACUCUCGUAACCUAUUCUCUCUCUCUCUCCAUCUCCAACUGAGUUCCUUCAAUCAGGAAUGGCCACACAAACUGCAAACCCUCCGCCAGCUCCGAGUGCUCAAGUGGUUGGAAAUGCUUUUGUUGAGCAGUAUUACCACAUUCUCCAUCACUCCCCUGAGUUGGUUUUCCGGUUCUACCAGGAUGUAAGUGUGCUGAGUCGCCCAGAUCCUAAUGGCCUUAUGACAACUGUGACCACUAUGAAAAGUAUAAAUGAUAAAAUAUGCUCUCUGGACUACAAGAACUACAAGGCAGAGAUAAAGACUGCUGAUGCACAGGAUUCUUAUGCCGAUGGAGUGAUUGUGCUGGUAACCGGCUACUUGACUGGGAAGGACAAUCGAAGAAGGAAAUUCACACAAACCUUUUUUCUUGCUCCUCAAGACAAAGGCUACUAUGUUUUAAAUGAUCUUUUUAGGUAUGCGGAAGAGAGUGAACCAGAGAUUAGCUCAGGGCUGGUAACUGGAGUUGUUGAGGCACCACCUACUUCUGUGGCUCAAGAUCCAGAGCCGCUUCGCGUGGUGGACUCUCCCAUUGUGAACCAUGCAACUCCCCAAUUAGAGGAAGUUGAGGUCAUUGAGGAGAAAAUUGAUGAGCAAGGGACGGACGAGAUUGAAGUCAGUGAUGACAAGGAUGUUUUGGUGGAAGCUGAAUCACAUUCAAAUGAGAAUCAUGUUUCCGCGGUUACAGACCCAGUUACUUCUUCAUCCCAGGACGACACUCCAAAGAAAUCAUAUGCUUCAAUUCUCAGUUCACUGACAAAGAAGAGCCCAACCAAAGUCUAUGUUCCAGCUAAGACAGCAAAAGUUCCCGUGAAAACUGAGAAGCAACAACGACAACCAGCUGCAGAGGAGUCAGUAAUUGAAUCAUCAGUCCCUGUUGCACCUAAUAACGCACCAGAAAGUAAAGAUGCUCAGGACGAAGUUGAAGGUCAUUCCAUAUAUGUUCGCAAUUUGCCUCUAGAUAUUACGGUUUCUCAGCUUGAAGUUGAAUUUGAGAAAUUUGGAACUAUUAAGCCAAAUGGGGUCCAAGUCAGAAGUAAUCAGUUGUUUGUUGAAUUUGAAGAAUUUAGCUCCAUGCAAAGUGCAAUUAAGGCAUCUCCUAUAACUAUUGGGAAUUAUCAAGCUACUGUGGAGAUAAAGAGGACAACAACUCGAGGUGGCAGCGGGAGGGGUCGAUUUAAUUUCCCGCGAGGAGGCUUCCGUAAUGACAACUUCAGGGGUCGUGGAAACUUUGGUGGUGGUGGUGGUGGUGGUGGUCGAAGCUACGUUAGAAGCGAUAGCUUCAGGGGUCGUGGUGGAGAUGGUUAUCAACAAGGAAGAGGUAGGGGCGGUCAUCGUUCCACCCCUAAUGAUGUUAUUCAGUCAUCGACGUAAAUUUGGUGGAGGUGAGAAAUAUUGGAAGCAAAGUUUUGACGUAACAGAACGAAAAAAAGAAAGAAAGUAAGUGAUGGUAACUAUUUGUCAGUUUUUUUUUCUCGUUUCUCCUUCAAUCCUCGGAAAUUUUUAAGAUGGGAGUUGCUUCACAGAAUGAAAAACGGCGUUUAGACUUUAGAGUAGUAGUACCACUAGCCAGUCAAUUUUUUCGUCUAGGGAGGGUUUUCGCUCGCUGCUUUAGGGGAAUGUAACUAGCUUUAACUGAAAUGCUGCGUACGACGGAGGGGGAAACAAAAUUAAUUUUUAUUUGGUAUGUUUAGUUGCUGAUAGAUUGCUGAAUUGGUAAUUAAAAAUCAUCUCCUUACACAAA